ACCGGCCUGGACACCGACACCCUCCCGUCAAGUUGUAUGGUAUAUGGUGUCAAAGCUAGACCAGCUCAGCAGGUGGCUCAAAUGGUCCCUAUCGGCGUCACCAGCCGGUAAAACCACUUCACCGAUGGAGUAAAGUGACUUGUUUGGGGAUUCCCAUGGAGGACAGCAUAAACCUCGACUCCCUGCUACUGCCCUCCAAUGGCGCAACGAAAAGUCUCGGUAUCAGAGAUCUCAUCCCACAACACCGACACCGACUGCUGGAUAGUCGUGGAUAACCAAGUCUGGGACAUCACCAAAUUCGCCCCCGAGCACCCUGGCGGUCCUGGGAUAAUACACAAAUAUGCCGGUCGAGACGCCACCCAGGCAUACAAUGAAAUCCAUUCUCCAGCAAUAAUCAGAACCAACCUGCCAGCAGACGCCCUCAAGGGAGUGUUGGAUAGAUCUACCAUCACCGAAGAAUGGUCAAAACCUCUUCCCACAGAGACACCCAAAACCAAAUCCGCUUCGAGUUCCGACAAGCCACCGUUGGAUUCUCUGAUAAACGCUCACGACUACGAGCUCGCCGCCCGAAACAGCGCGACUGCAAAGACCUGGGCAUUCUACUCCUCCGCAGCCAACGACUUGAUAACGCGGGAUCUCAAUGCCAGUCUCUUCAACCGUGUGCUCUUCCGCCCGCGUGUAAUGCGUCGCGUGGACAAGAUCAACACCGAAACCAGCAUCUUGGGCUACCCCGUCUCCUUCCCACUGAUGAUCUCUCCCGCCGCAAUGGCACGCUUGAUCCACCCAGACGGCGAGCUCGCCAUCGCACGAGCCGCAAAGGAGAAGCACAUUGUGCAAUGCAUCUCCAACAAUGCCAGCUAUUCUGCCAGUGAAAUCGUUUCCCAACCUGCCGUAUCAGAUUAUCCGUUUUUCUUCCAGUUGUACGUCAACCGUGAACGGCACAAAUCCGAACAGCUCCUCCGCAAGAUCCACCAGCAUAAGAACAUCCGCGCGAUAUUCGUAACCACUGACGCCGCUGCGGCGGGCAAGAGGGAGGCGGACGAGCGUGUCAAAGCUGAUGAAACGAUCCAAAACCCAAUGAUGACCACCAAGGCCAAGAACGACAAGAAAGGAGGUGGGUACGGACGGCUGAUGGGUAGUUUCAUCGAUCCGAACCUGAACUGGGAUGACAUCGCGUGGCUGCGGUCUCAAACCAAACUCCCCCUCCUGCUAAAAGGGAUCAUGUCCGCCGACGACGUGCGGCUUGCCCUCGACCACGGUCUCGAAGGUGUAGUUCUCUCAAACCACGGCGGGAGGAACCUGGACACCUCCCCACCGGGCCUGCUCGUCCUGCUCGAGAUCCACGCCCGGUUCCCGGAAAUCAUCACGCAGCACCACCCGUCCUCCCCCGCCGUGCUCUCGGGCCAGUCUCGGCCGUUCAGCAUCUUCGUCGAUGGCGGCAUCCGGCGCGGCACCGACGUCCUCAAGGUCGUCUGCCUGGGCGCCGUGGCCGCGGGGAUCGGACGGCCCGCGCUCUUCGCCACGGGCUACGGCCAGGACGGCGUGGAGCAGCUGGUCGACAUCCUCAGGGACGAAUUCGAAGUCGCCAUGCGCAACAUCGGCGUCACCAGCCUGCGAGAGUGCGGGCCCGAGUACGUCAACACGGGCGCCAUCGACCGGCUGGUCAUGAAGCGCCGGGACCACCCCUACGCCGUGCCCUGGGCCCCAGACGCGCGGAGCGCGGGCAGGAACAGUCUCUUCGGCACGGGCAGGGAGAGCAAGUUGUAGCAGCCACACCACGGAUAGACGGCGGCAACAAACGCCAAAGGGUGGUAAGGAAUGGUGUCUAUAUAACAGAACGUGGAUUAGACCAAACUGGCUGGAUGGCCAAAAAGGUCUAGGUUUGGGCGCCUUGGAAUGGGCCCGCCGAACACCGCACCGUCAGGCGCUUAUCUCGCUGCUGCGGCGUGCACCUGUCAUAUAGAUCAGAUAUAGACAUGGAUCUUUGAAUAUAGGCAGGAAGACCCAGUGAGGGCACGACCUGCAGUAGGUACGUGUUGAGGAAAGACUCAUAAAAGUUCUGGCGUGAGAGAAUGACGAUAAAUACCGGACUUGCCUGUACUGAGUACAUAUAUACAUACCAUGAAUGCAU